GAAAGUUGGGUAAUGUUUCCCUCUUCAAUCCUUCGAUUUUUUACCUGCAUUUGGCAAUUGCAUUGCCACGGCCUCUCGCACAUGGGGCUAAAGAAAAAGCCCCUUCCACACUCAAUGAGCGGGGAAAAGUCUGUUCGAAUCACUUACAGCAACGAAUUGAAUUCGUUUGCAACUUUUUCCACCUGGCCUCCUUUUGUUCAGCUGAUCGCGGUGAUAUUAUGCUUCUCAAUCUUAUCAUCGUACCCUCUUUUAUUGAUUUAAUCUAUUCGUUUCUUUUUAACCACCUAGUUCGUAUUGUUGCUCAUGCUCCUUGAGACCCAUUAGUUCAAGGAAUCGGACCACACUUCCUCUCAUUCAGACGUCCCGCCAUUCAUGUUCAUGAAAAAGGAAAACCCAUUUACGAAAAGAAAAAGACCCCACUUGAGAAAACCCAAUAAUUAGUGCUCAGCCAUUCGUUCGAUCUUCAGAAACCAGGCAGCAGCAUCAGAAAUUCAAGAGCACCGACUAUUAUACUGAGAAUAGUUCUUUUUCUUUCUUCCAGAAGGAAAAAACAUCUAAAUGGCUCAAGAUACGUCUUCUAGCAUUGAAUCAUCUCGGAGACGUUCUGGACUAUUGCGAGAUCAAGUCCAGUUAGUUAAGAAGAAGGACUCGAAUAGAUAUGAGAUUCUUCCAAUUGAAGAUCCUCUUUCAUUUGAGAAAGGUUUCUUCAUUGUAAUCCGUGCGUGCCAAUUGUUGUCUCAGAAGAAUGAUGGGAUAAUUCUAGUUGGAGUGGCAGGGCCCUCUGGAGCUGGGAAGACUGUGUUUACUGAGAAGGUGCUUAACUUUAUACCCAGCAUCGCUGUUAUCACGAUGGAUAACUACAAUGAUUCCAGUCGUAUCAUUGAUGACAACUUUGAUGAUCCACGCUUAACAGAUUAUGAUACAUUGCUGGAAAAUAUUCAUGGUUUAAGAGAAGGAAAAUCUGUCCAGGUUCCUAUUUAUGAUUUCAAGACUAGCAGUCGCGCGGGUUAUAGGACUCUUGAAGUCCCCAUGUCACGAAUCGUCAUUAUUGAGGGUAUCUAUGCUUUAAGUGAGAAAUUACGUCCAUUGCUAGAUCUUCGUGUAUCAAUUACUGGCGGUGUUCAUUUUGACUUAGUCAAACGAGUACUGCGUGAUAUUCAGCGAGUUGGCCAAGAGCCAGAAGAAAUAAUACAUCAAGUUUCUGAAACGGUUUAUCCGAUGUAUAAAGCUUUUAUUGAGCCAGAUCUUCAGACUGCCCAUAUAAGAAUUAUCAACAAAUUCAAUCCCUUUACUGGUUUCCAAAAUCCUACUUACAUUCUUAAGUCAACGAAAGCAGUACCUGUGGAACAAAUUAAGGCUGUUGUAUCCGAAAAUCACAAGGAGUUUACUGAGGAAACUUAUGACAUUUAUCUUCUACCUCCUGGUGAAGAUCCUGAAGUGUGCCAAUCCUAUCUGAGGAUGAGGAAUAGGGAUGGAAAAUACAGUCUCAUGUUUGAGGAGUGGGUUACAGAUACUCCAUUCAUUAUAUCACCUAGAAUUACUUUUGAAGUUAGUGUACGCCUUCUUGGAGGGCUUAUGGCACUCGGAUACACAAUUGCAACCAUUCUUAAACGAAGCAGCCAUAUAUUCUCUGAUGAUAGGGUGUGUAUAAAGAUUGAUUGGUUGGAGCAACUUAACCGUAAAUAUAUUCAGGUGCAAGGAAAAGAUCGGAUGCUUGUUAAAUAUAUUGCUGAGGAGUUGGGGUUGGAUGGUUCCUAUAUCCCUCGAACUUAUAUAGAACAGAUACAGCUUGAGAAGCUUGUUGAUGAUGUUAUAGCCUUGCCAGAUGAUUUAAAGACCAAACUCAGCAUACAUGAUGAUUCACUUUCGAGUCCAAAGGAAGCACUUUCCCGAGCUUCUGCAGAUUGGAGAAACAAGUACCUUAACCGUGGCUUAUCACAAUCAUUAUCUAAUCGGAGGGACAAGACCUUGUCAAAGUUGACAAAGCUUGCUGUUAAUAGUAGGAGAUUUGAUGUGAGGGCUCCAGACUCCCCUGCAGGAGUCUCUAACCAGGGAGCUAUUACUCAGCUUUCAGAACAAAUUUCUACCCUCAGUGAGAGAAUGGAUGAGUUCACUACUCGCAUUGAAGAGCUGAACUCCAAGAUCUGUACUAGAAAAGUUUCUGCUAGCCAGCAGAACUUGGCUUCACAAUCUGAUGCAAACAACAACGGUACCGGAGCGACUUCGAUUUUCAUAUCUGGUUUAAGUAACGGCGCCUUAACCGGAUCAUUACUGUCUAGUUCUUCAUCAUUCUCCCAAUUGGCCAAGGAAUCUCCCUUGCUGGAAGAGAUACAAAACAUAGCACGGGGGCAGCGCCAAAUCAUCCUCCAAGUUGACAAUUUGAGCAAUCUUCUCCGAGAGCGCUCGAGCGAGAAGAUUCACCGGGGGAAAGCUGAUAAGGAUGGGAGGUGGAGGAUUGCUGAUUUUGAAUCCAUCAGCACCCCAGUUUUACUAACACUUGCAGUUGGUAGUUUAGGCUUACUUUUGUUCAAGAGCCUGAAUUCUCAGAAAUGAUUCAAUGUGAUCACCCCCAGUUGGUUUGAAAA